CUCCAAAUGUUUCGUAGCCCAGACCCAAAGGCGAUGUCCAGUGCGCCGCGCUGUAAAGAAGGAGACUGUUUUCGUUGUCAUUGUGGUGGUUAUUAUUUCUGCGUUACCGCCAUAUUCUGUGAUUUGACAGUAACGAUUCUCGCUAAUAGAGCAGCGAGGUACGAAUAACGUGUUCGGGAAAGGCGAUAUCCCACGAUUACGUGCAUCGUUAUUAUUGCGCCCGAAGGUGCGCGCGCGCGCGCGCGCGUGCACAUACUACAUCUCAUAUAUUCUCGAGAGGCGCAACGAUCUUUGCCUAUGUAUCGGUGUGUUUGUGGUAAGCAUCGUGAUAUGUGGAAAAGUGUAAAGUGAACGAAGGAGAGGAGGCGUCAGAAAGUAUCCAUUUUCUUCAAUGUCUAAACAAUACGAAAACAAAGUGGGAGUUUAAAACAACAACAUAGUAGUGUUUUUUUCUCUUGCUUGCUUUUCUCUGUCUAUCUUUCUCACUUGUCUCUUGGACGCGUGUGUUCGUUGUGGUUUUGAUGCGGGUGUGAGUAGCAGGUAGAACAUCAAGGUAACGAAAAUAUCGAAGCGGGAAGCAGCGUCGAAUGUUUUAAACAUUAAUUUUUUUAUCAUUUUUAACUACAUUAAGCUUUUUUAUAAACGAAUUGUGACACAGCGGUGGCAAUUGAAAAUAAUUGUACGAGAAUGCAAUACGAGUUGUUAGGUCGCCUAGCGUAGUAUAUCGCCUAGCGGCGACGGGCCCAGAGAGAAGCGGCGGAAAAAUGGCGUCCGAUAACGAAGCCUCUUGCGCGAGUGACCCAAAUUUCGCGGUGAUUUGUUCAUUUCUCGAGUGCUUCGGCAAGUCCUGUGGCAUUGUUUAUCCUGAUAUCGCACACCUUCAAGAAAUGCUCGAAAACACACAGGAAGUACCACAACAGUUAAUAGAUCUUCACAUCAAAUUACUACGAAAAACACGUAAAACAGUAUCACCAGAAAAAUGGGAACGUGCAUUGGUUAAAUUUUGUCAUACAUAUUCUAAUCAAGAUGGAUGGGAACUUGAACGGUUUGGUUAUAAGAAAGCCCGUAUUGCUGUCAAGCUGCGACUACUUAAAGUUCUUUUAGAGACACAAUUUGAUUUAAAUCAAAAGUUUAAAAAUGAAGUAAAUAAAUUAGCAGCUAAGGAAUUACGUGUGGAACCCUUAGGAAGAGAUAAAUCUGGUUUAGCUUAUUGGUGUCAGCUUGAUGAGGAAUGCAAUAUUAGAGUUUAUAGAGAAGAUUUAGAUGAAGAAAAUUGGGAACUUGUAGCUAAGGAUCGAGAAGGUGUAGUUAAUCUUAUAAAUACUUUAUCAAAUGGAGAAAUUGAAGCUAUUCCAAUUAAUGAGGACAGUAAUAGUUUAGAAAUUUCUGAGAAACCUAUUAUUGAUACGGGACAAAUAUCUACAUCACCAAGUUUGGAGGAUGAAGGUGUUCAAGAAAAUGGUAUUCAUAUUGAGGGAUCUGAUGAAAAAGACUUAGAUAAAAGUGAAGAUUUUGAAGAUGAACGAGAACAAGAUAACAUUAAUGAAGGUGAUAAUGUUGAGGAAGAUAUAGAAGGUGAAGAUGAAAUGACAAAUGAUGAAAGUUCUAAACAAAAUACAGAGGAAGAUGAUUCUCAGCAGACAAUACAAAAUGAAGUAAUAGAAUCAAAUCUUAUUGAGACACCAUCUUCAGUAUCAGUAUGUUCUCUUAAAAUUUUAAAUGGUAAGAUUGAUACAUUAUCAGAAAAAGAAAUAGUUUCACCUCAUGAAAAAGAAUUAAACAUUCAAAAACCAAUUAUUACUCCUGUUAUAUCUAAUGAUAAAUCUGCAGAAACAUAUAAAUCUGAAGAGCCUACAACAGGUAAUAAUUCAAAAAUUAAUUCUGAUGAAUCAGUGUCUUUUAAAUCAAUUGAAACACCUGUUAUUACAUCUCCCCUUAAGUUAAUAAAUGUUUCUGAAAUAAAACAAAUACAUGAAGAAAAAGCUGUUAGUGGAAUAACGCCAGUUGUAUCUACAUUGAAUAUAGUAAAGAAAUAUGAAGAUUCAACAGAUCAAAUCAUAAAACCAUUAGAUAAAUUGUCUAAUAAAAAUAAUUUUCCUUUUACGCCUGCAGAUAUGCCAACAGCUCAUAGCAAAUUAUCUGUGAAACCAAUAGAUCAAUUGGCUGCAAAUCUUGUGAGAAUACAAUCUGAGAAACUUGAAAAACCAAGUGGAGCAAAAUCAUUAGAAAAAAUCGCAGAAAAUCUAGCGAGAUCAGGAAGUAUUGUGGGAAAUAUAAUAAAUGGAGAUGAUGAUAGAAUAUCACAAGAUUUUUAUGCAAGAAGUCAAAUAGAAAAAAUUACUCCACUUAGAGAACAUAGAGGUAUGGAUUUGUCUACAUCACCUAGAGGAUGGGAAAGCACAAAUGAACAAAACAGACCAAUGGACUUUUCUGGAAUCGAUUUAUCUAGUCGAAAAUUUAAUAAAACUAUUGAAUUAUCUUCUUCUGGAUAUAGAACUCAAGAUUUUCAACAUAGAGAAAUGGACCUUAGUACGAAAAAAUUAAAUAAACCGGAAGUUACAAAUUUACCAUAUGAUGCUCGAACUGUGAUGAUGCGUAAUCAUGUAAUGGUAGCAGAUUUAAGUAAAAGACAAAUGUCAUUUCCUAAUUACGAAAUGUCUUCUGCUCCAUAUCAUAAUGCUACAAGAAUGUCUACUAAGGAAGAUCAUAGAUUACCAAAUUAUACAAUACUUCCAGAUCCAAGUAAAAUUACAGCUUUAAGAAUGAAUCCAACACCGAUAAAACGUUCGUUAGAAGGAGAUGAUAUACAACAAGAUAUGUUAAAAAGAAUAAGAGCAGAUGUAAUACCGAUUAGAGGAUCAAUGGAUAAAAGGCCAAUAAUAAGUAAUAAUUGGAGAGACGAAGUUGGUGAAGCUAUUGAGGAACCAAUGAUAAUGAUUCAAGGUGAAGGAUCUGGUAGUGAUUGUGAUGCAGUCAAUCCUGGUCUUGGAGAAGCUGUAGAAGAACCUAUAAUUUUUUUUUAUGGAGAAGGAUCUGGUGAAGAAUGUCAGACAGGUAAUCCUGGUGAAGAAACAACUGACAAUAAAGAAAGCAACGAAUCAAAAAAUGAAGCUGACUCUGCUACUUCUUCUCCAUCAUCAAAUAAAAAUUUAAACGAAGAUAGCCUUAUAAAUGAAGUAUCUGUUGGAUCACUAGUAACAAGUAAAAAUGCGAUAAAAUUAAACAGAAAUUAUCCUCAAUCAAGUGUUAGUAUAAGAAGUAAUUGUCAAACUGUAGGCUCAACACAAGAAAAAUCAAAGUUCAAACCAUCAUUGGGCAUUCAAAUAAUACCAAAAAAUUCUAAUAGUUCUGUGAAAAGAUUAUCAAGAUGGGAUGUUGGAAAACCAGAAGAAAAACCAGAAUGUGACAGUAGUAUCAUAUCAAAUGAAGAAGACAUAUCACAAAAGAGAAAUGAAACUGAGCGCGAAGAUUCGUCUAGUAAAAAUCAAGAUAUUAAACUAGACGAAAAUUCUAUAAAUACUGAAAAUUUAAAUAUACAAAAAAGAAAUACAGAAAUAGAAAAUUUGCAAGAAAGUACAGACGAAAAUUCCCAAAAGCACAGAACUAUUUCACAAGAUACUAUGCAAUGUGACUCGUCUAUAUCUUUAUGUCAAGCGGAUACAUCAGAAACUGAAUUUUACACAGAAAUUAUACCCACAACACAACAAUCAAUAAAUAAUAAAGAUAUUAUUGGAAAUGUUUGUGAUUCUGAUAGUAUAGCUUCACAUGAAACAGAAAGAGUAAAUAAUGAAUGUAAAUCAGUGGCUGCAUCUCCACCAAGAUUUUUUUUUGGACCUAAUUGUAUUUCAUACACUUCUAGGGUAGAAACAUUUGAAUCAUCUUCUGAUCAUACAGUUUCAACAACGAUAGAAUCUAAAUCAGAUACAUUACAAUAUGAAUGUGUUUCUUCUUCCAAGCCAACAGAAGAUAUAAUUACUUACAAAUCAGAUGAUUUUAUCAUAACUCAAAUGAAUAAUUCAUUAAAAGUAAAUUCAUCUACAAGUAAUAAUUUAGUUUGUGAGAAUGAUAAUAAGAAUAAAAUAGAAAAAAUUGAAGGACCAACUAAUACAUGGAAACAAACAAUUUCUUCAAAAUAUUCUACACAAGAACAACAUUGUUCAAUACAGAAAACAGAAAUAGAUUUAUCUAAAUCUGAAUCAAAAGAAGAACAUUUUAAAUCUGUUAUAGAUUCUAUUUCUAGUAGUGAAAAUACAAAAAAUGAAUAUACAAAAUCUGAAGAAAUAGAAAUAUUAGAUGUAACUUCACAACCUCAUAGUACGAAUGAUAUAAAAAAAGAAAGUAAAGAUUUAAAAUCUGACAAUGCAAUUGUAACACAAUCUAUAAUGCAAUUUAACUCAGAUACUGAAUCUGUACAUUUUGAGAUAUCAAAAGCAAAAAGUAAUACAUUAGAAGAACAAUUAGAAAGUCAAAAUAAAAUAUCAGAUCUACAAAACUUUGCUAAAAAUAUAGAAACAUUAAAUUUUUCUUCUAAAGAUGAAGUUGAUUAUAAAUCUAAUGCAUUGAUAAUUAAGAAAACUGAAUUAGAAACAGAUUCCACAGCUGUUAAUAAUAAUUCAUGUUCAUCAUCUUUUGCUCAAAAUUCAGAAUCAGAUAGUACAAAUAAGGAAGAAUUAUUUACCUGUCAGAAUGUAGAUAAUUCAACAGAAAAAAAGAUUGAACACAUUUCUGAGAAAGAAUUUAAUUUAUCUGUUGAAAGUUAUAAACAAAAUGACAAAAAUGAUAAUAUUCAAAAAUUUUAUAAUCAAGAAAAGCAAUUAGUAAAUCCUAAUAACGAAAAUUUAGAAAAUUUAAUUGAUUCUGAUUUACAUUUAGCACAUAAUUACAGUAAAAUUAAUAAAAAAGUGGAAAUUUCACAACAAAAUGAAAUUUUGGUUGAUUCAUUUACAAAAAAUUCUGUGCCUGAUAUUAAUAUUGAAUUAGAUUUUACAGACAGUUCUACUGUUACUAGUUCAGAAUCAAUUAAACAAUGUAAUAAAGAUGCACUAGUUCCUACAAUAAGUAGCUCAGAUGAUACUUGCAUUCAAAAUACUUCCAUUCAUGAAAGUGUUAAAGUGCAUUCAAAUUCUGAGAAAUCGUCCUUCAAAAAUGAAUGUCCUAUUUACAAUGUAUUACCAGAGACAGUACCUGACACAAAUAAUUUUAAACCAUCCAACAAUUCUGAUGCAGUUGAAAUCAAUUUAUCUAAUAUAGUUCAAACUGCAACAUUAGAAGAUCAAAGUUCCUGUAUUGAUCAAGAUUUAAAUAAAGAUAUGAUCAUUGAUAAUAAAUUAUCAAAAUCUGAUAAACUUUCUAAAUUUAAUGAGGAAAAAACAUAUUUUAAUGAAAAUUCAUCGCAUGAUGAAAGUACAUGUGGUCUUUCAUUGGAAUUAUGUUCAUCUUCUGAUGAUAAUAAAUUUGAUGUUGUUACUGAUAAUGAAAAGUUAAAAAGUAUCAAUUAUGUGGACAUUCAACAAAAAUCGGAUACUAUACUGUUAUCUGAUGCACCUACAAUUUCAGAAGUUGAAAAAAAGAUUGAACAGAUUGAAAAAAAUAGUAUGAUUCAAUGUGAAUAUAAUACAAAACAUAUAGAAGAGAAUAAUAUAAAAAAUAAAGAGGAAAAAUCUACAUGUAACAUUAUAGAAAAUGAAAAUGAAAUUCAGCAAGAAUAUAUUAGUGAAAAUUCAAAGAUAGAAGAACCAAAAUUAAAUCAAUUAAUUGCAGAUCUACAGGAAUCAAACGAAAUUAAACAUUCUUUAGUGGCAAAUUAUGAGAGCAGUGAUUCUAAUGAUUGUAUUGAUUACACUCCUGAAACUUCUCAAAUAGAAUCAACUGAAAAUAAGAAUAAUUUAUUUACAAAUUUAGGAGUUGAAUCAAUGAUUAUUAAUGAACAAAAAACUGAAAAAUUAAUUAUGAAGGAUGAUAUAUCAUCUAGAGAAUUAAAAAAUGAUAUAAUCAUUGAUAACAAAGAAAGAGAAUCAAUGUCAGAAAAUAAUACCGAGACAAUGACAAACGAAACUGAAUAUAAACAGGAGAAAAUAAUUAGCAAAGAAAUAAUUGAAGAAGAUUAUAAUUGUGUUGUUAAUCAAUAUAAUUUGAAUGAAAAUUCAAAUGAGAAAACAAAUAUUAACAAUUCUGAAAAAGAUCAUACUAUAGAAUUAACAAAAACAGAAAUAUUACCAAUUCUUCAUGAAACUGAUUCAUUAAAUAAAGAAAAUAUAAAUUCAACAUUAAUUAAAACAAAUAAUUUAAUAGACGAAAUAAAUAAAACAGAAACUAAUGAUUCAAUUAAAAUUUCAAAUGAAAUCAUGAAUUCAAUUUCUGAAGAAAAGAAUGAUAGUCAAACAAUAAAUUCUAUAAAUAUAAUUAAAACACAUAAACAAGCAGACAAAGAUAAUGAAUACAAUGAUAUUAAAAAAGACAUAACAUGUGAAAAUUUAAAAGAACAAUCUAUAGAACCUAUAGAAGAAAAAUUAAUAAAUUUUGACAGUGAUAUCAAAUUUAUUAGAAAUAAAGAAUCAGAACAUGUCAGAAAAGAAUUUACAAUCAUGGAACCAUGUAAAUUAACAGAAUUAUCAGAAUUUGGCAAUAAGGAAAAUAAAUUUGAUGAUACAUAUUUACAUGGUGAAGAAGAUUUGAAUAAAGAUUUAUCUGAGAAUACAACUCUUCAUUCUAUACGAAAUAUUUUGCCACUUAAUAAAUUUGACAAUACAUCCUCAGGUAUAAAUAAAUCUGAAGUGUAUAAAAAUAAUAUUUCAACUGUAUCAGAAAAUUUCAAAUCUAUGGAUAAUCUACAAUUUGUAAAUUUUAUAUCUGAUAAAUCAGAGAAUUUAAAUGUAUCAGAUAAUCAUGAAAAGCAUAAUGAAUCACAUGUUAUGAAUAAAACAAUAGAAUCCCUUCCUGAAAAUACUAUUUCUAGAAUAAAUGAUAAAGGAACAUUUUUUAAUAUACACGAAGCAACACCAGAAUCAACUACUAUUAUAGACAAUUUUAAAAAAGAAUGUAGUAAAAGAUUAAAUGAAGUUUUCGAUACUCAAGAUGUUCCUCCAUUAAAAUUUAAACCUCCAUAUGUAGAAUCUAAUGAACAAAUGUUAGAAGAUUUAGCUAAUUCUAAAAUACAAUUGGAUCAAAAUUUAAGUAAUCUUAAACAAGUAGAAAUUGAUGAAACUAAAAUAAAUGAAGAUAUAGCAUCUGAUAAUACUAUAGAACAUUUAACAAAACAUGAAUACAGCAUAAUAACUAAUACAACAGAUAACAUAUUACAUGAAAUUGAGCAAAAAAAUAAUGGUAAAAAUAAUGAAAAAAAACAAAGUUCAGAAAUACAAAGUAUUGAAGUAAAAACGGUCGCUUUAACAUCUGACGAUUCUAUGGAAGUAGAUAACCAAAAUUUGUUUAAUACAAUUCCCGAAGAAAUGGAUCCUUUAGCGUGUACUGAUGAUGAUACAUUUAAAAAAUUAGAUGAUAACGAACAAAAUGACAUCUCUACACCAAAAAUAGGUUUACGAGUUAAAUCCGUAUCUGAACUCGUUUAUGAUGGAUGGAAACUAGAUUCCACCGAAACACCAAUAAUAUCUCGUAAACGCCGUAAUAGUUCCCAUGAAUCAAAUUCUGAAGAUAUAAUUACGAAACAAAAUGAUGAAGAAAUUAUAGGAGGUAAAAGAAUAAAAUUGCGUACGAAACGUAUGCCUGAUAAACAAUUACGAAAAUCUGUAGAGGAAAGUCGUAUUGUAACGAUAAGUUCAGAAGAUGAGGCUAUGAAAUGUAGUCCUGAAAAAUCAGAGGAUCAAGAAAUUAAGGAUAUGAGUGAUGACCAAAGUACUAUCCAUUCAAUUGCAAUUGGAAGAAAAACAAGGGGACGUCCUAGAGGAAGACGAAGACGAGGCUAUAGAGGAAGUGGACGUUCAAAUCGGCCAAAACAUUCUGAAUUUCAAAGCAUUCAAUCUUCUGAAAUAUCACCUGAAGUUCAUCUUGAUGGAACACCAAGUAAUAAUGAUUCUUUAAGUAUGACACCAAUUUCACAAAAAAAACGAAAGAAAAGGAAAAUGGUUUUGGGUCUAGAAGUAGGAAGAGAUAUUGUUCCUGAAACACAGACAGGAUUAAUUCAAGAUGAAACACCUGUAAGACAGUCUAGAAGAAUAGCACAAUUAAAAAUUAAAGAAGAAGCAGAUAGACGAAGAAUUGAAGAGGAGACUUCAAACGAAAGAAAAGAAAAGAAAGAUUGUAUGGAAAAGAAAAAACGGAAAAAACAAAAACUUGAAAGUGAAGAAGAAAUUGUGAUAAGAGAAACGGAAAAAGAAAAAAAGUCCAAAAAGAAACGUAGAAAGAGAAAAAAGAAAAAAAUGUUGGCUAAAUUCAAUGAAGCAAAUCCAUGGCAAAGUUCUUCAGGUUCUAGCAGUGAUGAAGAAAAUGAAAAUGAUGAAGAAGAGGAUGAAGAUGAAGAAAUAGAAAGUGAAGGAUCAUUACUUUUUAAAAGUGAUCAUGAAUUUUCACCAGAAAGUGAUCUUGAAAAAGAUCAAGAAUCAGAGCCAUUAAGAAGAGCAAGAACUGCACAAAAGGCUCAGAGUGAUGUUGAAGAAGCAGAUGAUGAAUAUGCUUGUCAAAAAUGUGGUAAAGCAGAUCAUCCAGAAUGGAUACUUUUAUGUGAUUCUUGCGAUAAAGGCUGGCAUUGUUCUUGUCUUAGGCCUGCUCUUAUGUUAAUACCAGAAGGUGAUUGGUUUUGUCCUCCAUGUCAACAUAACUUGCUAGUAACUAAGUUAAGAGAAAGCUUAAAAAUGUAUGAUCAAUUGACAAAGAGACACGAAAAUGAAGUUUUAAGAAAGAAGAGAUUAGCAUUUGUUGGUAUAAGUUUAGAUAAUGUUCUUCACAAAAAUGAAUCACAACGUCAUCAAAAAGGAUCAAAAGCAUCCAGUCAAGAAUCUGAUAACGAAUCUACAUCUGCUUCAUCUUCUACAAGUACAGAAACAUCAAGUAGUGAAGAAAGCGAACCUGUAUAUCAAUUACGCGAAAGACGUUGUGCUAACAAAUAUAAAUUUAAUGAUUAUGAUGCUAUGAUCAAUGCUGCAAUUCAAGAUGAGGUAGAAGCUAUUCAAGGAGCUGGUAAUCAAGGAAGAGGAAAAGAUAUUGCGACCAUAGUGAAUGCUGAAAAAGAAGAAGCUCAGCUUCAUUUUAAGAAUGAAGUAUUAAACAUUGAAGAAACUCCAGAGAAUAAAGAUGAUAUUGACAGAAAAUCAGAAAAAGAAAGUGAUGAAGAAUAUAAAAUUGAAUGUGAAGAUGGCAUGGAUGAAGAAGAAGAACAUAAAGGGGUAGUAAAAAAAUUCUUAUCACGUAAAAAACAUCGCAAAUUAAAUAGCCUUGAUAUAAGUAGUGAAGAUGAUCCUGAAAGUGAUGAAGAUUUCAAAGGUACAAGCUCUGAAGAGGAAGAAGAUUUUGAUGAUCACAUAACAUCGUCUGAUGAAAGUACUUUCGCUGAUGUAAAACGACGUAAUAAAAAGGGAGAUUCACGAUCAGUACGAAGAAGCACUAGAGCUAGAACUACACGCUAUGAUGAAGAUUUUAUAAAUGAUGACAGUGAAGAAAGUGAUAGACCAAAACGAAAAAAAUCUCGAUCAACGUGGGAUUCAGAUAAUGAGGAUAGUGAUAAUUCGUGGCGACAAAGGAAAAAAAAAAGUAAAACCAUAUCAACAUCUAGAUAUAAGACAUUAUCGAAAACAAAAAGUAAAAAGAAAAAAAAGAGAAAACGUAUAAUUGAAUCUGAUAAUCAAAGUGAAAAUGAGUCAAAUGAGGAACCAAAAAUUGAAAUAACAAGUGAAAUACAAUCACAAUUAGAAAAUAAUGAAUCCAUAAUGCCUCAUAUAUUAGAUGCUAAACUUGAUGAUGCAAAUGAAAAUAAUGAAGACAAACCUAUAAAUGAAAUAAAAUUACAAGAAAUAAAUUCGGAAAUGCCUGAUAUACCUGCCACUCUAUCAUUAGAAGAAAUAACACAACAAAAGAAAAAGAAAGAAAACACAUUAAAAACAAAGAAGACACCAACAAUUCGAAGAAAAAUUAUAUACGGUGGUCUUCCAGAUGAAAAUAAACCAGAAGAAGAAGAAAUAUUAAGUAGGCGAACUCGUGGUAAAAAAAUUAAUUAUCAAGAAGAAAUGGCAUCAGAUAGUGAAGAGGAGUUAAAAAAAGCAUUAAGAAAAACGGGUGAAAGCGAAGAUGAAUUUGUUGUGAAUGAAGGUGAAGAUUUAAACGAAGAUGCUGAGAAAGAUUCAGAUUCAGGUGAUAUUUAUAAUCCAAAAAAAGAUGGUCAUAAAUUUAAAAAUAAAUCGCCAAAAAAUAGAAAACCUAGAAAAAGCAAGAGUCCCGGUGGUAAACGAAAGAUGUUAAACGAUGGAACUCCGAAACAAAGAAAAAAACCUGGUCCAAAACCUGGAAGUAAAAACAAAUCUCGUAAACAAAACUUUUUGUUUAAUUCUGUAAUUCAAAGAAGAGAUGAUCAAGAAAAAGAUAUUAUAGCAAAUGUGAUGGAUAAUCCUAUAGGAGAAAUAGAUACGAAAAUUGAUGAGAAUCUUUCAGAAAAUGUAGGUUUAACUAGCACAGCUAUGUCAGUGGCAGGUUCUUUUACUGGAGAUGUUCCAGAAGGUUCUUUGACAGGACUUGGAGCUAGUGAACUUACUGAGUUAGAUGACGAACAAUUAGCAAUGAUGAUGGAAGAUGAAGAAUAUGGCAGGCGACAGUUGGAACUUGCAGCUAUUGAAAUAGCAAAAAAGAAGAAAAAAGAAGAGCGAGAAGCAAAAAAAUUGGAAAAGGCACGAUUAAAAGCGUUGGAAAUAUUGGCAGCUGAAAGACAACGAGAUCCUAAUGCCCCAGAAGGAAUUGAUGGAGAAAUACCAAAGAAGAAAAAAAGAGGUCGUCGUAGUAAAGCCGAAAUUCUUGCAGAACAAAUGCGUAGGGAUGGGGCUCCAAAUUUGAAUACUAGUUUGACUGCUGCUAUGCCGCAAAAUUUGAUAACUACUAUACCAUCUAAUAUUAAUCCUAAUAUAUCAGCUGUUAUGACGCCUGAUGCAGAAAGAACAGGUGAAGGACACAUUCCUAUGAUGACAGGACCAGAUGGACAACUUUUUAAUCCUGAUGGAUCGCCUAUAAAACCUAAAAGAAGAGGGCGUGGAAAAGGUAAAAAGACUCUUGCAUUGGAAGCAGCUAGAGCUGCGGAAGCAGCAGCAAAAGCUGCGGCUGAAGCUGGUUUAAUAGGAAUGGGAACUGAUUCGAAUUCGGAGAUAAAACCCAAUGAAAUUCCGAAUGUACUUCCUACACCAGGUAGUAGCACUUCUGGUUCGGCUCCGUCCACACCACCUGCUGGCGUUGUUACAACACAAGGACCACCUUCGUCACAAACACCAACUUCACAGUCUGUUUAUCCAUCAUUACCACCUAAUCAACAGUCUUCCGUUAUUACCAGGAUGCUUCAGUCUCAACCCGUAUCGAGUAGCCCACAAUCCUUUUCCGCUGCAGCUGCAGCAAUGGGACACAAAUAUUUUGGAGGACCAAACGCUGCAAGUCAAAUGAUGGGCGGACCUAGGACAGGUUAUGAAAUGCAACCACGUGGAAGAAUUCCUUCUCCGUACAGACAAGCAGGACAAUCUUCCAUACCACCUCAUUUUGCAGCUGUAAGAUCAGGAACUCCACCAAUGAGAAUGAGAGUACCUGGUCCACAAAUAUAUCAUACGCCCCAUCAUCCAAUGGAUCCUUCUCCAUCAGGUGGUGGACCAAUAUCAAUUAGCAAUCGAGAUCGUAGUUCUCCACUUGGUCCUGGACCUGCGAUGAUUCCACCAGCUGCUGGAAGUCCUCUAACAAAAGGUGGUCCUACACCUCCUCCACCUCCUCCUUAUGUCAGAGGAGCACCUCCUAUGUCCAGGUUUACAGACAAUCCAAUGGGUCCUAGACAUCAAAUGCCACCUUUUACGAAUGCUUCACCAGUUAAUCAUAAUAUGCAACAACCAUCACCACCUCCUAAUCGACCACCUGGUAAUUUUUCUCCGUAUCAUCCUCCACCUCCACCAAAUUAUCAUUAUGGUGCCUAUCCACCUCCACCACCAUUGUCUACAGCAGAUGAUGCAGCCGCAUAUCAAGGAUCUCCAUAUCCCGCGGAUCAUUUUUCAUCCCCUGCGGAUAAUCAACCACCUAUUCAAGCUCCACCUCCUCCUCAACCUCCAUCUCAACAGCAAGCACAUUCAAAUGCUGAUGCUGGCAAUAAACAAUAUGAUGAAGAAGGUUCUGGAGAAUUUAGUGGUUUAGUAUCAUACUUCAGUAGCCAGAGAGAAGAUGAUCUUGAUUCGUAGCAUGAGUGAGAUCUUGGCCAACCCUGAAUCUUUAUGUGAAUGCAUUAAAUAAUAGUAUUUUAACAAUCAACAAGUAAAAAUCACAACUUUUGCUCGAGAGGACAAGUAUAAGAGAAACAUUAAAAAAGUUAAUAACAUAUAAUGUAACGUAAAUA